CAACUGUAAAAAUUAGAGGGCAAACUUUUUCUCCUUAUGGCAGAAUAGACUGGUUGUAUGUUGUAUUUUAACCGGUAAGAGGAGCCGUGAUGCCGAAGAAGAAAAUUGCCAAAAUAAAGAGGGCGAAAGCCGCGAAAGGAACAAAAGACGGCAAACAGGAGUCAAAAGCGGACAAAGAGUCGGACAUCGAGAAGGCCAAGGCCAACGCUGACCUGUGGGAGCUGAGGUUACAGGUCACCGACCAGUCGCUCGUGCAGUACCGGGAGGCUUGCCGCAGGUUGGCCCGCGUCAACGACGAGCUCACCGACCAGCUGUACCGCGCGGAGAGGGACACCCUCGAUGUAACUGGUUUUCUGAAGAGACAGGACGCAGCCAAAGAGGAGAAGAUCAAUACGCUGCAGAAAAGCCUGAAAAGUCAAGAGGCAGUCGCGCGCGAAGAGCAAAACAAACUGGUUGAAGAUUACACGCUUCAAAUCAAUGAGAUGAAAGAACUGUUCAGAAAGAAGUCCAAUGACUUUAACAUGAUCCAAGACGGAAUGAAGAAAAUGAAAGAGUUUGAGAAGAGGAAGUCCCAAAUGGAGCGGGAGCUCAAUGAUAUUAGGGAAAGCAUGGAUAUUGCUCACAGGGAGCACAGGGAAAACCUAAACGAAAUGGAGUACAAAUUCUCCAAAGAAAAGGCUCGCCUGGAGAGAGAAGCCGAGCGAACGAUAGCCCUGGUGGUGGACAGGGCCCACAACGAGGCCAUUGUGCAGUUGGACGAUGCAUCACGCUCUGUGUUCAAGGAGAAUGUCCGUCUCAAUGAAGCACUGAAAUAUCACAUAAAGGAGGCAGAGGACCUGCAGAAAUUGACAGCCUCCCUGGCAAAGCAAAAUGCCUCGCUGGCACUGGACAAGAACACCUUUGAGUUGAUGGUAAAAAAGAAUGCGGCUCAGAUGGAGGCCCAAAAAGAUGAACUAUCUAAACUGAGGGCCAAGGUAGUUUCCCUGGAGCAGGCCCUAGAGCUAAAGGCUGAGGAACCUGAGCGAGAGGAAAAGGAGGAGGAGGACAACAUCCUGGUCAGAACCCAGGCCAGCCGGGUAGAGAUAGAGAAGCUAAAGAAGGUGCUCGCCAUGCGCGAGAAAGAAUUGUGGCAUAUCAAACGGCUAGCGAGCACUGUUGUGGAGCAGCGCACAGAGGUGGAGCAGUUCUUCCACGAGUCACUGGCUCAGGUGAAGCAGGAGAUCAUGGCCAGCAGGCUGCAAUACAAAAAUGAGGCUCUGCAGGCUUAUCACUGGAGGCUGAGAGAAGCCACAGCAGGAAAGCUGAAGUUCCCACCCAUCCGCACCUUCCAUAAAAGCCCCCACAGUACCAACUCUGUCUAUUCAGACACGGAGGCAGCUGCCACGUGGACACACAAACCAGGAAGCAAAGUUGAAAUUUCAGAUUUAACUUGGGAGCAGAAGGAACAAGUGCUCAGGCUUCUCUUUGCUAAAAUGAAUGGACAGAGGGGAAGGAAAGUAAGCCAACGUCUGGCUUUAUCUGCCUCCUCUGAGAAGAGCCUUGUUGACAAUGAUGCUGCUGGAAUUAAAGAGGAGCUCUCCCCAGCGACCUUCAUCACCCAGGCGCCUGAGUCUGUUCUGCCCUCGAACACCAACGGCCUGCCGGAUAUACACCCCACAUGACCUCUGUGUGGCCUCUUCAU